GUGUGAUGGGGAGAGAGAGAGAGAGGGAUAAAGAGAGAGAGAGAGAGAGAGAGAGAGAGAGAGAGAGAGAGAGAGAGAGAGAGAGAGAGAGAGAGAGAGAGAGAGAGAGAGAGAGAUUGAGAGAGAGAGUGGGAGAGAGAGAGAGGGAGAGAGAGAGAGAGAGAGAGAGAGAGAGAGAGAGAGAGAGAGAGAGAGAGAGAGAGAGAGAGAGAGAGAGAGGAGGAAAGAGGGAGGAGGGGGUGGGGAGUUGAAGGGAGAGAGGUCAAUGGAUAGCGAGGA